CUUUGUGUUUGGUAAGGUUAUUUGCCAUUUCUCUCAGUAGGUUCCAACAUCAAACUUACCUUUCUCUCAUUGUCUCUUCAAUUUUCUUGCCCAUCCAUUUCUAGGGUUUCGCUUCUAAAGCAACGGGUGUGCCUUCUUACGCACAUCAAAGUUGGUGUUACAGCUGACUUUAUUAGGCAAUUCAAUCCGUCUUGAGAAGAUUCGUAGUUUUGUUUGUUCAUCACCGUGUCCACAAUGGAAUGUCAUGAAGAUUUUAUCAGCUAUCUUGAUUCUGAUACGUCUCUUAAGAUACUCGAGUGCCUGGAUGAUCCUGCUGAUCUUGUUCGUGUCACCUGUGUCUCACGAUCUUUGAGACAAUCUGUGAUUGCAAAUGGUCUUUGCAAGCAGCUUUGCUUGAGAAUGUUUCCUCAAUUAUCUAGAGUUGCUUUUGUUGUUGAACUGAAUGAACAAGGAGGAAAGCAACAUGCAGAGGUUGGAUCUAGUAAUUCCAUGGAGUGGCUAGUGCUACAAAGAGAACAUAGAGUUUUUUCUUAUUUAAGCAAAGCUCUCAUGUCAUCUGUAGCAAUGAAUUGCAUUGCUAAGACAAUUGGUGCUUCUAGCACUGAUAACUUUCCUCAGGAGAGCAUUGAUCAUACACUUGAGCCAAGAGAUGUCAUUGGUGGUAGAUAUUCCUACUGGUCAAGUAACGGACAAAGUAAUCCCAAUGUGCCUGAGACGUUAACAUACGAGUUGGUCUCUCAAAUUUGUCUUAUUACAGAAAUCAAUAUCCGGCCUUUUGAAGCUUACUUUCAGCUGGGGUCACCAAUAUACUCAGCAAGCUCUGUUCGGUUUAAAAUGGGUCAUCCUAAAGCCUCUUUAGAUGCUGUAGAUGAUGAAUUGUUUGUGUGGACCUAUACUUCACCGGAGUUUCCAAUGUCUCAGGAAAACAAACUACAGACGUUCAAGCUUCCAGAACCUGUGCUUUGUAUUGGGGGGAUCUUGCAGAUUGAGCUUUUGGGCAGAGUACAGAGACAAGAAAUGGAUGGUUUGUUAUACAUUUGUGUUUCCCAUGUUCAAGUUCUGGGAGGCUCAUUGUCACCACCGUUCAAUGUGGAAAUUCUUCAGCCCUCUGGAAUAUUUGUGUUGAAGAGGGACCAGCUGGCUUCCGAGGAGCCAAAAAUAGUGAGAGAUAUCCGACGGCUUGUGACUAUAUUGCAAGCACGAGGAGCAGGAGUCUUGGAAUGGGAUCAGGAUGAUGAUGAUAUUUAUGAUUCUGAUCCAGAAUAUGCUCUCUGAUCUUUGCUUGCUUUUAUAAUCUCCUCCCAAAUAAAGGAAAGGGGAAAAAUUAUAAUCUCCCCAGGCAAGGAGUGAUCACAUUCCAACUAGUUUUCCUGUUUUCUUUUUUAUGCGUUUACCCUUCAAAAAGUUCUGGUCUUUCUCUGUUUUGCUACUGAUCUGAUUCUGAGAAUUUAUUUCUCUUGUAGAUAUGGUGUUGGACAAAUAUUGCGCCUUUUUUGUCGCCGGUUUAACAUGAUGCUUGAAACUUGAGCUCU